CAGCAUGUGUGUAUCCCACAAUUCUUUUCGGAACACAUGUUGAGAACUUCCGGAUCCGCUUAAAAAUGGCAACAAUCGCUAAAUUGCAAGGGUUAACUGGGAUUGUGACUGGGGGUGCCUCCGGUUUAGGACGUGGCACAGCAGAACGCUUCAUACGACAGGGCAUGAGAGUUGUCAUCUGUGAUCUCCCAAAUUCCCCUGGAGAAGAAGUUGCGAAAACUUUGGGAGAGAACUGUAUCUUCACACCCACUGAUGUAACCUCUGAAGCAGAUGUAAAAAAUGCUGUCAGCAUCGCGAAAGAAAAGUUUGGAAAACUAGAUGUGACUGUGAAUUGUGCAGGGAUUGGGAUCGCAGUAAAAACUUACAACUUUGACAAAGAUAAGCCUCAUAGUUUAGAGCACUUUGCGAAAGUUUUAACGGUCAACACAGUAGGAACUUUCAAUGUGAUACGUCUCAGUGCCGGGGAAAUGGGCAAAAAUGAACCAAACCCAGAUGGUCAACGAGGGGUUAUCAUCAACACUGCUAGUGUAGCUGCAUAUGACGGCCAGAUGGGUCAAGCUGCUUAUUCAGCCAGUAAAGGAGCCAUUGUUGGAAUGACUUUACCCAUUGCUAGAGAUUUAGCCAAACAAGGAAUUAGAGUUUCAACUAUAGCACCAGGUUUGUUUGAUACACCUCUUCUAGCAUCUUUACCUGAAAAAGUCCGCAUAUUCCUGGCCAGUACAAUUCCCUUCCCUCAGAUGUUAUCCACGCCUGAUGUAUACGCCCACAUGGUACAAAGCAUUGUCGAAAAUCCUACACUGAACGGAGAGGUUAUACGUUUAGAUGGUGCUCUACGAAUGCAACCAUAGGACAAUACAUGUAUAAUUAGUGUUUCGCACUAUUAUGAGUCAGAGUCGAUUAAAGGGAAAUGCAAUACUUUAGAAGAUGAGCAUUCAAGAAAAUUUGCACUUAAUUUAUAAAGUAACAUUUGUAUAGCUGGUUUUGCCAAUUUAGAAAAAUUGCAGGGAGUAAUGAGUCCAAUGACGUCUGAAACCUAAUUGGACAGAAAUACUGAUUUGAGUAGCAAUAGUAUGUUUGUAUUACUUCAGUGAUGAUGUCUGAAUUUUGUUUGGAUAAAACUUAGUCAAAUGAAACUGAAGGGAUAAUUUAUAGAGUUCUUAAGGAGGACAUACUGAAAUACAAUUUGACUUUUGAUAAAUCACAAAACUUUAGGAUGUAUUUUAAAACAGUAAAUAUUAACAUCUGUAUUUUGAAAUAGCUCUAGAUCAAAUAAAUAUGAACAAAUAUAAGAA